AUGGUUACCCGCCGCCCCAAGGCCCGCCGCAUGCCCCUCGAGGUCGCCGUCUUCUCCGGCCAGGCCGCCCUCCAAGCCCAGCUCCUCGGCGCCGAGCGCGUCGAGCUCAACAGCCCCGGCUCCUACGCCCUUGGCGGUCUCACCCCGCCCGUCGACGAGCUCGUCCGCGUCUCUGCCCGUCUCUCCAUCCCCGUCCACGUCAUGAUCCGCUCCCGCCCCGCCCCCGCCGACGGGCGCCCGGACUUUGUCUACGGCCCUCGCGAUCUUGCCCGCAUGAUCCUCGCCAUCUGUCGCUUCAAGGCCUCCGGCGUCAUGGACCCCGUGAGGGGCGAUCGUUUUGUCUUGGGUGCUCUUCGCGAGGUCGACGAACAGGACGAUGACGGCAGUGACUUUGGCAUCGACGACGACCAAGAGCACCAUGACGACGCCCAUGACAGCGACGCUGACAGCACCCGCCCCCGCAAGCGUCUCGUCAUCGACGAGACCAUCUGCGAGGCCCUCGUCGAGGUCUCCAAGCCCUUUGGCUGCGUCUUCCACCGCGCCUUCGACCCCAUCGCCGCCUCCUCCCCGCGCCGCUGCGCCCACGCCCUCGAGCGCCUCGCCCUCCUCGGCUUCGACGCCCUCCUCACCGCCGGCGGCCCGGCCGGCUCCUGCUGUGACAAGCCCAACGUCGACACCGUCGACCACCUGUGCCACCGCAUGGCCGGCCGCCUCCCGCUCAUUGUCGGCGGCGGCCUGCGCAGCCACAACGUCGCCCGCGCCGCCGCCCAGCUCGCCGUCUACGCCAACGGCGACGGCGACGCCCGGGACUCGCCCGUCUGGUUCCACACUGCCGCCGUCAAGACCAUUGAUGGAUUUCACACCGAGGACCUCGACCUCGACGAGCUCCACGACCUGCUUGUCCAGCUCGGCCACAUCGAGCCGGCCUAG